AUGAUACGUUAUGACACAGAAGAAAGGUCCUGGUUCUCGAUUUUUCUUCCCAUAAACGUCCUGCUCAUUGUUUUGGGGAUCAUCGUAAACUUAGCCAUCUGCUUCGUUAUGCUUCGUAAAAACCGAUACCGAGGAAAUAAGUCAAAUCUUUUCAUUUUGCAUCUCUCCGUGACCGAACUGGUUUACAGGUUACUUAUCUUUCCCGUCGUUAUCUAUAUUGCAGUUCAAACAUCGGCAGUGAGCAGCAUCCAUUGCAAGUUAAUUUCUUUCAUAUCCGAGACCUGCGGCUCUGCUAUACUGGUUAGCCUGGUUGCCAUAGCUAUCGAUAGGUACCAGCACAUAGUACACCCUCUCGGUAGUUUCAAGUCAAAGAAGAAGACGUUUUCCCAGGUUUCAUUAGUUUGGCUGUAUGCUUCAAUCAUAUCAAUUCCCUAUGUUAUAAGCGCUGAGAGCAUUUCCGACUCAAAAUUCCCAGAAACUCAGGGUAUGCGGUGUACCAAUUGUACAGUCAGGAAACUGUGUGAUAUUCCACAAAAUUUGAUAGGUCAACUUUCAGUCAUCUUAUAUUUUCUGUUGGCAUUUGCCUUUCCUGUAGCUGCUGUGGGAUUAUUGUACUCAAAAAUAGUUGUGUCUUUGCGUAGAAGACGCAACAAUGGAAUUAUGCACAAAGUCGCUGCGAGAUCAAAAUGCAAAACAGUUCGUAUGCUCAUUGUCACCGUAUCUGGAUAUGUUUUAUCAGUUGGCCCCGCCGUUGUUUUUGCCAUGUUGAGAUGUUUUGGUAUUCUGAACAAUGCCUCCUUUGAAGUCAUAUUAAUCGCUAAUGAACUUGUAGGACUUGCAACAUAUACAAGCUCACUGGGAAAUCCAUUAAUUUAUAGUUACUACAACAAGGACUUUAGACGUGAACUAUCUCGGCUGUUUUGUAGA